UCAUCAUCAUGGAUGAUGAAUUCAAAUUGUGCUGGAAGAAUUUCCAGGACAACAUUGCAUCGGGUUUUCAAAGUUUGUAUGAUCGAGGAGACCUGGUCGAUGUGACAUUGGCCUGUGACGGAAAACUAUUGCAGGCGCACAAAAUUGUCCUGGCCAUAUGUAGCCCCUACUUUCAGGAAAUAUUUGUGACAAAUCCCUGCAAGCAUCCAAUAAUUAUUCUCAAAGACGUUUCCUAUACAAUAAUGUGUGAACUUCUGGAAUUUAUGUAUCAAGGAGUUGUCAAUGUCAAACACACUGAAUUGCAAGCAUUCAUGAAAAUUGGCCAGCUGCUGCAAAUCAAAGGCCUUGCAACAAAUACAUCAUCAUCCUCCGCCGGUCCCUCUUUGUCGGAUAAAUCAAGUUUAAAUCAAAAUCCAAAUGAAAGAGAACCCUCACAACCAUCCAGUUCAACACCGAAAUCUGCUGCCUCUCCAAACAUUGAGGCUGGAAAUCACAACGAUAGUACCACAAAUAACUCAGAAAAACCAUCACAAACACCAACAAAUGCAACAACAAGCUCAAAUACACCACAAAGAAUACAAUCGCCCGAUAUGUCGUCCCCUGCCUCUCCUUCGCUAAAUAUAUCAAAUGUUAGUCAGAAACAAGGCGAAAAUAAUGCACAUCACAACUUCCACUUAACUCCUAGCAGUUCCGGGCUCAAACGUCAUUUGUCGGAUUUCAAUUCCGAUUCUCUAUCUAUAUAUUCCAGGAAUAAGAAUCGUCGUACAACAAUGCCAACGGAUCAGAGUAGCGACAACAAUGAGGGAUCAGAUGUUGGUGGCAGCAGUAGUAUGGAUCAAAUGAACGCCGAAGACUUUUUUAUGCCACAUAUGUCAAUGGUGGAAGGACGAUAUGAUUUGAAUAGUGUAAAGAGAGAGGGUUCUGAACAUCACCAUAACGCAAACAGUUCGAAUGCAGCAGCUGCAGCCGCGGCUGCAGCUUCGUUGCGCAACUCAUUUAAUCCGGCAGCUUUUGGUUUAGACUAUUCCUUCUAUAAGAAUAAUAAUAGCGGUUCGGCCUCGACAAUUUCCCAAGAAUUUCCCAACGAAUUAAAUAUAUCCAGUGGCGAUUAUUCUAAAGGAUUUGCGAAUCAUAUGGAUAUACCGCCAAUUGGUCCCGGUGAGCAUUGGUUCCAGGGCAAGUUAGAAUUUAUGUUGAGCCAACGCGGCAAACCGCUACUGGUCCACGAUGGUCACACUUUUGGAAUUCAAUAUGUACGCAAAGACAAGAAAUACUGGCAAUGCAAUUUGUCGCGUAAAUUCAAUUGCAAGGCACGAGUUACUACCACCGAUACUGGCGAAAUAAUUGUAACUAACAAUGAACACUGUCACACCGAAAUCCGACAGCAUCUACGCAAAGAUUAUCAGCGCAACAAAGUAAUGAUGAAUGCUCUCAUAAAUUUAAGUACAAAUCGAUUGGCCGUGGAAAAUCUAAGACGUCACAACGUGAACAGCAUUGCCAGUAAUUUAAGCAAUUUAGUGGCCGCUAGCGCUGGUUCGCCGCUGUCACUUCAAUCACACAUGGAGGCAGCAAAUGUCAUGGCAGGUACCCUGCUAGAUUUAGGUAAGAGAUCAAUAUCCUUGGACAAUGAGGAUCAUAUGAAGCUUAAUCAUCAACACCAGCAACAGCUACAACAACAUCAACUGCAGCAUGAAGAACACCAACAAACCUCACUGCACCCUGAAUCCAGGGCAAUGCAUAAUUUAGAAGAUGGAGCAUCGCUACACGAUGAACAACCACUAGAUUGUGGAAUGCGAUCAUCAGAUCGCGAACGAUUUGAACACGGUACCAGAAGCUAUAAACAAGAUACAUCUUUGGAAGCUUAUAAAGACCCGCAUAUACAUCGUCCAACAUCGCCUAACACUAAUAGCAACAACAAUAGCCAAGAAAAUGCCGACUGGUCGUGUAAGAAUGAAACCGGAAUUCAACAUUAA